CUCUGGAGCCUUUAGAUUUUUAGUCGGGCGGAACUGUAGGGCUGUGGCUUUGUUGUGUGGGGUCCUGAAUAGAGGCAGCGCACCCAUGUGUCAGUGACUUCCGGUCCGUCGCCUCAGCCGCUGUCAGUCUAGUGCUAUAUAGGAUGCAUUCUUCAGUAAGACUGGUAAUGUUUAGAAAAAGCAUCAGAUUCUACAGCCCUUCAGUUCUGUGGAGCAGGAGGUUUUGCCAUACACAUGGAUCUUCAGAAACGCCAAGUGAAAAAGUUCUACACCAACCUGUGAUGCUGAAUGAAGUCCUCAGCUCCUUAUGUCCUAAGGAAGGCCAGACUAUAUUGGAUAUGACUUUUGGGGCAGGAGGUCACACCACAUCAAUUCUGAAGCAGGCUCCUAAUAUUAAAGUAUUAGCUCUAGACAGAGAUCCUGCUGCGUACUCAAUAGCUCAGCAUUUGUCCUACUGUGGUGGGUAUAAUAUUCAGCCAUUGUUGGGAAAAUUCAGCGAAUGUGAGAAUCUGCUUCUUUCUGUGGGAGUCCAACCUGGGGAAAUUGAUGGCGUUCUUAUUGAUGCUGGGUGCUCAUCCAUGCAGUUUGACAGGCCAGAACGAGGCUUUUCCCUGAGCAAGGAUGGCCCCUUAGACAUGAGAAUGGAUGCUCACAGGUAUCCUGACAUGCCCACCGCUGCUGAUGUUGUGAAUGCUUUAGAUCAACAGGCACUUGCGUCUAUCCUGAAAACAUACGGGGAGGAGAAACACGCCAAGAAAAUAGCUUCAGCUAUCGUACAGGCACGUAGCAUAUACCCCAUCACCAGAACUCAGCAGCUCGCAAGCAUUGUUGCAGGUGUUUGUCUUUAUAAUCGUAAAGAUCUUCUACAGCGACCAGCCCAUGUGGCAACCAAAACAUUUCAGUCUCUCCGUAUCUUUGUGAAUGAUGAACUGAAUGAACUCUAUGCAGGACUCCAGACAGCUCAGAAGUUUCUAAAACCAGGAGGAAGACUUGUUGCCAUUUCAUUUCAUUCUUUAGAAGACCGGAUAGUUAAGAGGUUUCUGUGUGGUAUACCAAUGGACGAAAAGCCAAAUCUAAGUGCUAGGCAAAGGAUUAGGCAAGGACAUAGGGAUUUUAUUAAAGUAGAUGAUGAUGAACAAUUUACAAGUCCUGAGUCUAACGUAGCAUGGCAAAUACUACAACGAAAGGUUCUUACACCAGAUCAACAGGAUGUUCUUGAAAAUCCUCGAGGAAGAUCUGCAAAACUCAGAACUGCUAUAAAACUAUGACAGAAUUAGUGUUAUUUAUUAUGUUUUUUUAUAACCUGUAUACAUUUUUUUUUAUUCAGUUGUUUUUGUCAAAAUGAUGUGUUUGAUACAGUAUUCCGUUUCUUUUUUAAUUGUCUUUACUACCCUUGCUAAAUAAAGAGAUUCGAUACUUGUCUGGCUCCAGUUAUCCCCUCUGAUCCACUUCAGCCCCAUAUACUUUGAAUGGAAUAGCAGUAUGCAUGGUUCAUUUAAACUUCUCACUUCAAUUGUGCAAUAUAACCCCUCAAUAAAAAUGAUGACAUCCAUCCAUGUGAAAAAGUUUAUUUUAGUUUACAAGUUGACUUCACUAUAAGCUGAUUGGUUUAUCCUGCAGUUGGAACCCCCCUGCAAUCAUCAAGAAUUGUGAGACAACCUGGCAGGAAAGUGUGCAGCUGCCCUGUACCAUCAUCAGGGGACACAUUACCUUGUACAACUACCUUUGAAGUUAAUGGGGUUGUCCAUGUCCUCCAGAGUGAGAAAUGCUUUUUGUAGCUAAUUUCUUUCUGGGACACAUAAGGGUCCUGAACUAGGGACCCCUUCUAAUAGUCUAUUUCAAAUGUAUUUUUUAACCCCUUGCUGACAUAUGACAGCUGAGCUGAUCUGCAGCUGACGCCUGCUGUCACUGACCGACAUUAGAUCACUUUGAUACUUGUUGUUUAAAGGGGUUGUACAGCCGAACUGUUUUUUUUUUUCUUAUAAAUGUGACUAGGCUAAGCAAAACAAUAAAAGCUUUAACUCACCUUCCACACUCCCUCUGAUAUCAGAUUCCCCGGUCUGCUAAACUUUGGUUCCCCAAAGCCAGCCAAUCAAUGGAAGCAGCAGUGUCCCACCUCAGCCGGUAUUGGUCAGCCAGAGCACAAAAAAUAAAGUUUGUUGGACUAUCCCUUUAACUCCAUAGAUGCUGUUUUCAGUAUCGGUUAUCAGUAUCUGUUCAGUAAC